ACACUAAGUCGUAGUCUUGAUACAUAAAUAUGGUAGGUGAGGUGUUGAAUUUUUGUUCCGUUGACGCGGGAAACAAAAAAAGUGUCUCAUAUCAUUUUUAUGCCUCUAUUCUACAUCACCUUCCUUCAUUCGUUCUAUAUUCUUUCUUUUUGGCGAUUGAUCCCAGUCUCAUUCAGAUAGUCUCCCAUAGUUUUGAACCACGCUCGCUCAGAUCAUGUCAGAGGUUGUUGGUGGGACAUUUCUUUCGUCUGUCUUUCGAGUGAUUUUUGAGAGGUUAGCUUCAACAGAUUUCAGAGAUUACGUCCAUGUAGAUGUGGAGAAAAAACUUGAAAUCACACUGGUUUCUAUCAAUAAAGUGCUGGAUGACGCAGAGGCAAAGCAGUACCGUAACAAGAACGUGAGGAAUUGGCUUAAUGAUCUCAAACUUGAGGUAGAGGAAGUAGAGAAAAUAUUGGAUAUGAUUGCUACUGAUGUACAACGAAAGAAGAUAUUUGAAUCUAGGAUUAAAGUAUUGCUGAAGAGGCUAAAGUUUAUUGCAGAUCAAAUAAGUUAUUUAGGACUUGAAGAUGCAACUCGUGCUAGUAAUGAAGAUGGAGCCACUUCCCGAAUAUUACCUACUAUAUCUUUGGUCUAUGAAUCUUUCAUAUAUGAUAGAGAGCUUGAGAAAUACGAAAUAAUCGACUAUUUACUUUCCGACAGUGACAGUCGCAACCAAGUACCCAUAAUCAGUGUAGUGGGUGUGAUUGGGAUGGGUAAGACAACCCUCGCCCAGCUUGUUUACUAUGACGACAUGAUCGUGGAGCAUUUUGAAAUUAAAGCUUGGGUCCAUGUUUCGGAAUCUUUUGAUCUUGUUCGUCUGACCCAAUCAAUUCUUAGGUCAAUUCAUUCUUCGGCGGCAGAUAGUGAAGACUUGGAAAUACUCCAACAUCAGUUGCAACAGAGGUUAAUGGGCAAGCAAUAUUUGCUCGUUUUAGAUGAUGUCAGGAACAAAAAUAGGAAUAUGUGGGAGCAUUUCCUACUUCCUUUUAGCCGUGAAUCUUCAGUAGGUAAGAUGAUUGUGACAACACAUGAUAUGGAAGUAGCAUCAAUCAUAAGAUCUACGCAACUACUUCAUUUAAAACAAUUGAAGGAGAGUGAUUGUUGGAGUUUAUUUGUGAAACAUGCCUUUCUAGGAAGAAAAGUAUUUGAAUAUCCAAAUCUGGAAUUGAUAGGCAAACAAAUAGUACAAAAGUGUGAAGGGUUGCCUUUAGCUCUGAAAACAUUGGGGAAUCUCUUGGAAAGAAAGUUCUCUGAACCUGAUUGGGUUAAGAUGUUGGAGACUGAUUUCUGGCGUUUACCAGAGGGUAAUAACAACAUUAACCCUUUAUUGAAAUUGAGUUACCUUAACCUCCCUUCCAAUCUGAAGCAUUGUUUUGAUUAUUGUUCUUUAUUUCCAAAGGGCUAUGAGUUUGAGAAGGGUGAAGUAAUCAAGCUUUGGAUGGCAGAAGGUUUGCUGAAGUGUUGCGGAAGAGACAAAAGUGAAGAAGAGUUGGGUAAUGAAUUCUUCAACGAUCUAGUGUCAAUAACAUUUUUCCAGCAAUCAACAAUUAUGCCAUUAUGGGCUGGUAAAUACUACUUCAUCAUGCAUGAUCUUGUAUAUGAUUUAGCGAAAUUAGUGUCAGGAGAAUUUCGCUUAAGAAUAGAGGGUGAUAACCUGCAAGAUAUCCCUGAAAGGACGCGCCAGAUUUGGUGCUGCCUUGAUUUGGAAGAUGGUGAUAGAAAACUAGAGCAUAUUCUUAAAAUUAAGGGACUACACAGUCUGAUGGUAGAAGCACAAGGCUAUGGCAACCAACGUUUUAGGAUAAGCACCAAUGUGCAGCAUAAUUUGUUUUCAAGAGUAAAAUAUUUGCGGGUGUUGUCUUUCUCUGGUUGCAAUCUCAUAGAGCUAGCUGAUGAGAUAAGAAAUUUAAAGCUUCUGCGCUAUCUAGACCUUUCUUACACCGAGAUUGCAAGCUUACCUGAUUCCAUUUGUAUGCUGUAUAAUUUGCAGACACUCUUACUGCAAGGUUGUUUUAAACUGACUGAGCUCCCUUCAGAUUUUUGCAAACUCGUCAAUCUACGUCAUCUUAAUCUGCAAGGCACUCAUAUAAUGAAGAUGCCAAUGAAGAUAGGAGGGUUAAACAAUCUUGAGAUGCUGACUGAUUUUGUUGUGGGAGAGCAGCGUGAAUUUGAUAUUAAGCAGUUGGGGAAACUCAACCAACUUCAAGGAAGGCUUCAAAUUUCAGGGUUGGAAAACGUCAAAGAUCCUGCAUAUGCUGUAGCAGCAUAUUUGAAAGACAAAGAACAGUUAGAAGAAUUAAGUCUGUCAUACGAUGAUUGGAUAAAAAUGGAUGGAUCAGUAACUAAAGCACGUGUCUCUGUCUUAGAGGCUCUUCAACCAAAUAUAAACCUCAUGAGGCUAACCAUCAAAGACUACAGAGGCAGUAGAUUUCCAAAUUGGCUUGGGGUUCAUCAUUUACCCAAUUUAGUAUCUCUAGAAUUGUUGGGAUGUAAACUUCGUUCCCAGUUGCCCCCACUUGGGCAGUUACCCUCUCUCAAGAAGCUUUCCAUUUCAGGCUGUGAUGGAAUAGAUAUCAUUGGUACAGAGAUUUGUGGCUACAAUUCAUCAAAUGAUCCAUUUAGAUCCCUUGAAACUUUGCGAUUUGAGCACAUGUCUGAAUGGAAGGAAUGGUUAUGUCUUGAAUGUUUUCAUUUGCUUCAAGAGCUUUGUAUCAAACAUUGUCCGAAGUUGAAAAGUUCCCUGCCUCAACACCUUCCUUCUUUGCAAAAGUUGAAAAUUAUUGAUUGCCAAGAGUUGCAGGCUUCAAUUCCCAAGGCUGAUAAUAUCAGUGAGCUAGAACUAAAGAGAUGUGAUGGCAUUUUGAUAAAUGAAUUGCCAUCCAGCUUGAAAAAGGCCAUCCUUUGUGGAACUCAGGUCAUUGAAUCCGCCCUAGAGAAAAUUCUAUUUAGCAGUGCCUUUCUUGAAGUGUUAGAAGUUGAAGACUUCUUUGGUCAAAAUCUAGAAUGGUCCUCUUUGGAUAUGUGUAGCUGUAAUUCACUUUGCACUCUAACUAUAACAGGUUGGCACUCUUCCUCCUUGCCAUUUGCACUGCACUUGUUCACCAAUCUUCAUUCUCUGGUGUUGUACGAUAGUCCAUGGCUGGAAUCGUUUUGCUGGAGGCAGUUGCCUUGCAACCUAUGCAGCCUCCGAAUAGAAAGAUGUCCUAAAUUGAUGGCUUCGAGAGAGGAGUGGGGUUUGUUCCAACUCAAUUCUCUGAAACAGUUCAGUGUAAGUGAUGAUUUUGAAAUCUUGGAGUCCUUUCCGGAGAAGAGUCUGCUGCCAUCAACUAUGAAAUCUCUUGAGUUAACAAAUUGUUCCAACCUAAGAAUAAUAAACUAUAAGGGUCUUCUCCACCUCACUUCACUUGAAUCUCUAUAUAUUGAAGACUGCCCUUUCCUUGAGAGCUUGCCGGAGGAGUGUCUACCCAGCUCCCUUUCUACUUUGUCCAUUCAUGAUUGCCCAUUAAUUAAGCAGAAGUACCAAAAGGAGGAAGGAGAGUGUUGGCAUACAAUUAGUCACAUUCCUGAUGUGACAAUUUCCUGAUUGGCGGCUGAGAUGAGAUGUUAUUAUAGCCAGUGCACGGUGUUUGUGAUAUAUGUAACAAUGGUGUUUCAGACCGCUUACAUGUGACCUGAAACCAUGCUCUUUUGUUGCCAUCCAUUCUCACUCGUGACCAAAUGAAUGGCAUGACCACUGCUCUCACACACAACCAGAAGUAUGUAGCUGUUUAUUCCACUUCCACAAAGCUCAUGCAUGGUCCAAUUGUAGGCUCGACAUUUGGAUGUGUAGACGCUGCGACUUGUUGUGCUUGUAAUCUUCUCUAUGUUAUUCUUGUGACUUUGUAUCCCUUUUUUGGGGUCUCAUUAAUAUUCAUGUGGUAUUCAUGUGGACAACAUUAAUUGUCUGUUUUUUCAAUAUGUGCCAACCGAUUGAGCAGAAUA